AUGAAGUUUCAUUUAAUUUCACCAACAACUACAUCUUUUACACCCAUAUGGACAUCGUAAUAACAGAAGCGUCCGUAGAUUAAGUUGAGUGAGUUGGCAAAGUUUACUCAAUUGCAAUUACCAAAAUAGGAAGAUAGUCAAAAAGCCCUAGAAUAUAAAUAGAGAUAACAAUAAUUGUUAAGAUAAUCGAAGAAUAAGCCACUGUUAAAAGUGUUGACGAAAUCCUAAUUGCUUUAAGGUUACUUGUCUAUGAGACCGUAAUAAUAAUAGAAGAAAUAAAUUAAAUCUAGAUCAUCAUCCUUAAUUAGUAAAUUAAAUUCUUCAAGUCCUGUUGUUUCUAUUAAUGAAUCUCCAAAAAUUGUCAAAGAGUAAAGCUAAAUUAUGAAUUAACCAAUGUAAUAAAUUCAACUUAUUGAAGAGCAACAAUUAAGUCCAAAAGUCUUAAAACCAUUAAAAUAAGAGGCCUUUGCUAAGGCUUUGGAUUUCAUUAGACCAGAAACCCCUCUAAACUUUCGAUGCUUGGUUCAGGAUGUCUCAUACAAAAAACAUAAAAUAAAUACUAAAGCAAUAAUAAGAGAUAUAAUAAACAAAUUAUCAAUAUUAAAAAAACUGGAUAUCAAAUACAUCGAUAGAAGAAUAUGGUCAAAUCAGCCAUUUUAAAAGAGAAAUCAAUAUAGUUUCAUCAAAGCUUGUAAGGCAGGUGAUUUAAAUUUAGCGAAGGAAUUGCUUGAAUAAGAUAGGUUUUUGAAUUUUGGUUUUGAUUAUGUAAAUUAAAGUAACAUUCUAUUAGAUUCAUUAAACAGGAUUGCAUUGGGCAGUCAAACGAUCUCAUUUAUAGUUGGAUGUGAUGUUGAUGCAUAAGAUCUAAUAGGUAGACCUGCUCUGUAUUUUGCAAUAGAAUAAAAAGAGACGAAUAUCGUUAAAUUACUAUUGGAGAACAAUGCAAUUCCUUGGAGUACUUAAAAAAUCACUUACUCGAAACUUUGCAAUGACGAUCUCUAAAUAAUGUUACUUUUAAAUAAGGCUCGCAAGGUGCAUGUUAUUUAUCGGAUGGUGGAUCCAAAGAAAAGAAUAUAAAUCAAGUAGAGGGCAUUGACUGGAUUAUUCGAUGUUUGA